ACGAAUAAUGUACCUGAAUUUGUCAGAACUGUUAUUAUAAUCUAUAACAAACAUUAUUUUUACAUAUAAAAAUAAAAUUUGAAUUGUAAUAUUUAAAUCACUGCUCGAGAAAUGAAUAAUGAAAGUUCAAGUGACAUUAGUUCUGAAGAUAUUAGCAAGGCAGUGCAGACUUUGGCUUCUGAGGACAAUGAUGCUUCAGUUCAAACUCCUUCAAAUGUCAAUAAUGUUGUGCUCCUGAAUGUGCAAUCAGCUGACGAUGUGCGGACAACAGUAUUACCUAAUUUGGCGGUCGUAACAUCAAAUCAAAAGGAUUCAUGCGAUAUAAGCAAUGGAGAUUUCCUAUCGUUGGAACGAAAUACAAUGCAAAAUGUAAGGUCGAUGUCGAACCAGCCACAUACGAGUAACCGAUCAAGUUUUCGACCGAGGGCUAAGAGAAGAGGUGAUCCGACGCAUCAUUCGGAGCCUAAAAGGAAGUCUCGUAAGGCAAUAAUUAAGAACAUAUAUUACGGGAAGCUUCGAAAUUUGGUGAAACCAUCAAGUGAAACAUGAAGUUUUUUAUCUGACUGAUUUUGUAUGGAAUUUUUUUGUAAUAUUAACUUUAGUCUCUUUUAUUUCA